CCGCUUUACAAUAAGCGCUCAGCAUUAUUUUUCUGUCGAUUGGGGAUCCCCCGGACUUCGGAUCGUCUCGUAUUACAAAAACUUAGGCGCAGUAUUACGGGUCACUAAAAAACAGUGGUGGAUAUAUUGUGAUUGUUGAGAGAAUUCUGUGAAAAGUUGGGAAAUUUCGGAUGAGUAAUUAUGGAUUUGCUGAAAGCCCUCAUGAUUUUGUUCUUGGGGACUGGGGCUUGGGGGAAAAACAUCGUUAUGGUUCUGGUUGAUGACUUAGAUCUGACUCUCGAUGGAAUGCAACCAUUACAAAAUACACAGACUUUCAUUGGGGGUCAAGGGGCAACCUAUGAAAACUGCUUUGUUGCUUCGCCCAUCUGUUGCCCAAACCGUGCGUCGAUCUUGACCGGAAGGUACCAGCACAACCAUAAUACAGUGAAUAACUCCAUUUUCGGUGGCUGCAGCAGCCGAUCGUGGCAAAGGAAUUCCGAGGAAAACACUUUUGCAACGAUUUUAAAAGGGAAGAUAGGCUACACUACCUUCUAUGCUGGGAAAUAUCUGAAUGAAUAUGGCUCCAGGGGAGCUGGGGGACCUCAGUACAUCCCCCCAGGGUGGGACUGGUGGUAUGGACUUGUAGGAAAUUCAAAAUAUUUCGACUAUUCGUUGUCCAUAAAUGGAACUGAGAGGAAAUACGGACAUACGCCUGAUCAGUAUCUCACUGAUGUUAUCAAACAAGCAGCUUUGACAUUCUUAAACACGCGGAGCACUAAUUCAGGACCAUUUCUGAUGGUGCUGGCACCUCCAGCUCCCCAUGAGCCCUGGACUCCAGCAGCCAGACAUAACGAUAGAUAUAAAAGGCAAAAAGCUAAACGAACACUGAACUUUAAUACUCAAGCGCAGAGUGAUAAGCAUUGGCUAGUUCGAAUGGGGCCAUCUCCCCUGCCUAAUAGUGUUCUCCUGACUCUGGAUGACAUUUACAGAAGACGUUGGGAGACAUUGCUGGCUGUUGAUGAUCUAGUCAUGACAGUGUAUACAGCCUUGAAGAAUAGUCAUCUUUUGGAUGAUACUUACAUGAUUUUUACGUCCGAUAAUGGGUAUCACAUAGGUCAAUUUAGCAUGCCAAUGGACAAACGACAGCCCUACGAAAGCGAUAUUCGAGUUCCUCUAUUGAUUCGUGGCCCAGGAAUCACUCCAGGAAGUCAAGUUAAGGCCCCAGUGAGCAGCGUUGAUUUAUUCUCAACGAUAUUAGAAAUGGGGGGAACUGAAGCGGUAUCAGACGGUACAUCAAUGCUCAGUAAAAAUAUCUCUGAUGAUCGCAGUGUUUUGAUCGAAUACAGGGGGGAACAUUCGAUAGGAAGCCCCAACAGUGGAUGCCCCAGUGACGAUGAUUUCAAUUUAUCACAUUGCAAUAAAAAUCUUGGCUGCAAGUGCCAGGAUGUUACCAACAACACGUACGCCUGUGUCCGAAGAUUCUCAGAGAAGCACAACAACAUUUUUUGCAUUUUUGAAGACGAUACGAAAUAUAUUGAAGCGUAUGAUUUGAAUGCCGAUCCAUUCCAAAUGAGCAAUAUUGGAUACAGCAUGAAUAAAGGGAGGAGAUACAGAUUUAGGAAACGAUUGAAGGAGUUGGUUAAGUGUGAAGGAGCUGAUUGUGUUCGUGCACAACCGAUGAGUUCACACUGAAAAUAUAUUCAAUCUCAUUGACAUUUAUCUUUUAUUUCUUGAAAAUACAUUUUUUUCAGAUUUUUUAUUUCACUAUUCAAUUUUAUUCAAAGUAG